AUGGGUGCCAUGUUUGCCCAGAGACUCACUAUCUUUGUUACAUGGGCCUCAAUGUUUGCAGUUUGCAUGGCCAACAUGGACUGGUUCUUUGGUUUCAACUACACUGAUUGGAGGUUCAGAUUUGGAAAUCAUCACGUAAACAAGACACAACAAGAACCCAAAAAGAUCAUCGUGGGUGGGUCUGAACAUUGGCACUUCGGAUAUAACUACACCGAUUGGGCUUUCAAGAAUGGCCCAUUUUACCUUAACGACACCCUAGUGUUCAAGUUUGAUGCUCCAAAUGCCACCAGUUUCCCACAUAGCGUGUACAUCUUUCCAAACUUGUGGAGCUUUUUGAAUUGUGAUGUAAAGAGGGCUAAGAUGCUUGCGAAUCCCACACAAGGUGGAGGAGAAGGCUUCCAAUUCGAGUUAAACAGGUGGCAGCCUCACUACUUUGCAUGCGGUGAGAGAAAUGGCUUCCAUUGCAACAAUGGACAGAUGAAAUUUUCUGUUAUGCCAAUGCUUCGUCCCUUCUCACCAUGGCCAUGA